AUGGACUCUUCGCAGCAAGACAUCUCUGAGACGCGCCGCAGCUCUCUCUUCGACUAUUCAGAAGUCGUUACGCUGAUGGUGGGAAAGGGAAAACGGACGACCCAACACUGUUUUUCUGCAAGUCUCCCAAGAUUGUGCUCGGAAUCUCCAUACUUCAAGGACAGGCUCUUUGGAGACCAUCAAGAAGCGAGAGACCGCAACAUCCAAUUUGGCACCAUUGAUCCUCGCACAGUUGUCUGCAUGCUAUACUGGUUUCGAGGAUGGACAUGCCCCUAUUGCCACGAAGACGCCCAUCACAUUGUUGAUUCAUAUGUGCUCGCGCAGAAGUACAAUAUUCCACGAUUCAAAUCUGAUUUGGUUCGGGAGAUGCAGACCGUACUCGACAAUAACGCCGCGGAUACGUCAGUGCUCAGUUGCUUUGUCCAUUUAUACCGAGUUUUGCCGGACGACUCUCAGCUUUUCGACCUACUCCACCGCCACCUUCUUGAUGAGCUGAAAGCCCUACUGCCUAUUUUGGCGCAGGUUUAUCAACCUUCACUUGCGAAACACCUUCGCGACUUGCUCGCUCUGAAGGGAGAGAAAUUGUCGGAGAUCAAAGCCCUGCUAGGUCAUGCUUAUCAGCACAGAAGUGCUCUUGAUGCAGCCGACCUCACUCGACCGUUUGACACAUUGUCUCCCAAGCCUCCUGACACCAAAUCGCACCAAAAUCGGUUCACAACCAGCUUCGACUCGAUCAGAGGCGAUUGCAUUACAUCGAGUACGACCUUACCAUUUUCGGAGUUGAUGAAUGAGCAACGGGCCAGUAAGCAUGGCAAGCACAAGAUUAUACCGAGAUAA